UUGAUUUAUCAAGAGUUACAAAUUUUUGUGGACACCGUAAUUCACGUAUUUUGACGAGUUUCGUACAUAAAAACUCACAAAAAUUCCUCAGUUAGAGAUUCCAGAGUAUUCAACAAACCUGUGUCAAACUCUGCAACUUGGAUCAGACAGUAUCAUCAGUAUCAGGUGGAUUUGGGAAGCUGUCAUUCACCUUUUGAAACUUUGCUUGAGCAACUUGGCAUGGGAGUUGUGACUGUUUCUAGCUCAGCUUCUCGAACUCCAUUAGGACUGGGUGCAAAAUUCUCAGGUCAACGCUCUACAUUGAAAAGACCCUUGAUAGUAGCAUUCAAAGUAGAUAAACCCAAUAGCACAGCAUCAGGUGCACCUCAGGCGCAAAUCCCUCUGCCCAUAGAAAUUCAUAAGGAUCACAAAAAGAGACUAGUAAAAGCUAAUAAACCUUUGAGAAGAGUAAAAGCUGUCCUUACAGAUGAAGCUUCUCCGUGUACCUUGGAAGUGGAUUACAAUGAAGCCGCCGCCCAACUUGAAAACAUAUACAAGCUUAGCCCAACAACGGAUACUUCUGAUGUGGAAAAUUUAGAUGGCACAAGAAAAAGCCGAGGAAGGAGGAGGAAGAAUAUUGAAGGUGAUUCAAAAGCAGAAAAUAGAACUAGUAAUAGUAUUAUCAAGAACCGAAUAAAGAAGGUUCAGAGAUUGGGUCUUGACAAAAGGAUUGCAUUGAAAAAGAACAAAGAAAAUGAAGUGGUUCCUCUAUUACGGAAGAGAAAAGUUAUUAAGAAUGAAAAUGUGAGGAUUGAGAAGCUUGUAAGGGAGUACUCGGCUUCUACUGAUUUGGUCAGUUUGGACUGGAGAAAGAUGAAGAUACCUCCAGUUCUUCCUUCUUCAGAGCAUGCUUGGUUGUUCAAGUUGAUGCAACCAAUGAAGGCACUCCUUGAAGUAAAAGAUAAUUUGCAAAAAGACUUGGGAAGAGAACCAACAGAAGGCGAAUUAGCUGAAGCAACAACUAUGAACGUGGUUCAAGUACGAAAACACAUGGAGGUUGGUCGAGCUGCAAGAAAUAAGCUUAUUAAGCACAAUCUCCGUCUCAUUUUGUUUGUAAUAAAAAAAUAUUUUCAAGAAUUUGCAAACGGACCAAAAUUUCAAGACCUUUGUCAGGCGGGAGUGAAGGGACUCAUUACAGGAAUUGAUCGUUUUGAACCAAAAAGGAAAUUCCGGCUCUCAACUUAUACUCUCUUUUGGAUCAGGCAUGCCAUUAUACGCUCCAUGACACUCUCAAGCUUUACUCGUGUUUCAUUUGGCCUUGAAUCAGUUAGAGUGGAAAUCCAGAGAGCCAAACUUGAGUUGUUGUUUGAGCUUCAUAGAUUACCAACAAAGGAAGAGAUAAUAAAAAAAGUGGGGAUCUCGCCUGAGAGGUAUCAUGAAGUUCUGAAGGCCUCAAAACCUGUUUUGUCUCUACAUUCAAGGCAUGCAACCACACAAGAGGAGUACAUAAAUGGGAUCCCGGAUGUUGACGGUGUUGGAGCUGAUAACUGGAAGCAACCUGCUCUUCAAAGGCUUGCUCUUGACGAUGUGCUUGAUUCCUUGAAGCCCAAGGAGAGCUUGGUUAUCAGACAGAGAUAUGGGCUUGAUGGUAAAGGUGAUAGAACAUUGGGAGAGAUUGCUGGCAACUUAAAUAUUUCAAGAGAAAUGGUUCGGAAGCAUGAAGUUAAGGCUUUCAUGAAGCUCAAGCAUCCAGCUCGAGUGGAUUAUCUUCGCCAACAUAUAAGCAUAAACUGAUCAACAUCAUAUGUUUCUCUAGUAUAUAACUUUCCUUCUAAAUGAUUUCUGAUUACCAAGUCCUACUGCAGACUAAUGAUCUGUAUUAUAGUCUUUUUACUGCCCAAACAUUGUCUCCUCCCUCCACCAAAAAGAAAAACAAAACCUAGAUGAACAUAGAAGUCCAAUACCAUGUAAUUAAGUUUUAAAACUCAAUAUUGUAAAGGGGUGAAACUCAGAUACAGUUACUUAAAUGCAGUAAAUUAGAUUCUCCAAUGAAAUUCAAAUACAUGGUUGCAUUGA